GAGGAGAGAGAGAGAGAGAGAGAGAGAGAGAGAGAGAGAGAGAGACUGGCUCGGGUUACGCAGACGCGCACUGGCGGCUGACCUGCGGCACAGGCUGGGAUCGUUCAGAGGAGAAGCAGCGGAUGGGACAAGAGGAACGCAGAGGAAUAAGAGUCCGUACUUGUGAAUUAGGAACUUCACUGACCGAUCGAUGACUAUUUAUAUAAUGUGUUGUGUUCUUACUCUAAUGUAGCUUCUCACUGGUGUGCAGCAACAGGUUAGAGAUAGUUUGCAGAAGGAAAGUUACAUCUGUAACAGGCAGUCUAAAGUUUUCUCCUCUUCUGCUCUUCACCUGAUGCGUAUAGGGAUUUGUGUGUGGAAACACCACAGUUAGAUGUCUAAAAUGAAAGAGGAUCAGAAGUGGGGAGUCGCUGGCAAACCUGGUGAGCACAGGACUGACGGUGAACAGCAGCAACAACCUGCAAAAGAGCCGCUGUGGAGAAACUGGAGAGAUUUGUCCGGCGUAACGAUUUGCAUUGCAGUGUGUGUUCUGUGUAUUGGAGUUUGCAUUGUGGUUUUUGUGCGGACAUCGGAGUUACAGUCCAGGAUAGUAAGUCUGGAACAGCAGCAGCGGGACGCGCAGCUCUCAGCUUGGAAGUGGUCUCUGGAGCAGGUGGAGCCCGUUAUCCUGGGACGACUGGACCAGAUCCUGGAGGAGAAGCUUGCAGCACGCCUUCCAAAGACACGGGAGGUGAGGGAAGCUCCCCAUAGCUGCCUAUGUCCCCCCGGGCCUCCAGGUCCUCCUGGACGAGCAGGCUUUCCGGGUGACAAAGGAAGUAUGGGAAUUCCUGGGAGAAUGGGCUUAAAAGGACAAGCAGGGGAGAAGGGAGCACCAGGUGAGCCAGGUCUGUCUAUUAUUGGACCAAGAGGACCUCCAGGACAACCUGGAACAAGAGGAUUUCCAGGCUUUCCAGGUCCAAUUGGGUUGGAUGGCAAGUCUGGACAGAACGGAGCAAAGGGAGAUAUGGGUCAACGUGGUCCUAAAGGACUCCCGGGGGAACCCGGACCGAAAGGAGAGAAGGGUGUAUGUGGAGACUACACACACAGGGGCCUCUUUGUGCAGGAUCUUCCUCUGAAAACCCUGGCUGCCUUGCGCUCCAGUCAGGCUCUGAUGUUGAAGCAGGGCGAGCCUGGAGUGCAGGGACCCCCAGGACCUCCAGGGCCACCCGGAACUCCAGGGACCCCAGGCCUGAAUGGAGCCAGUGGCCCACCAGGUAAGCCUGGUGAACCAGGCAAACCAGGAAAGGACCCAAGGCUUUUACCGGGACUGAAGGGUGAACCAGGUGUGCCAGGACAAAAGGGUGAUCGAGGUGAUGCUGGUCCUUCAGGUCCAGAAGGCCCCAAGGGAGAACCAGGUUUCCCUGGCACUCCUGGGUUAAAGGGCCAGGCAGGCAUCCCUGGUACUCCUGGCAUCCCUGGCAAGAGGGGCUACAGGGGUGAGAAGGGAGAGCCGAGCAUUGCAGCCCAGGGAAUUAAAGGAGAACCAGGUUCACCAGGACUACCAGGUUUAAUGGGACCCAAGGGUGACAAAGGUGACCAGGGGGAAGCAGGCCCUGAAGGCCCAGCAGGACCAAGAGGUCCACCAGGCCCAACUGGGGAGCCGGGAAAGGCUGAAAUCCACAACAAUGAAAAUGAUAUUCGCAACAUACCCCUGAUGGGCCCCCCAGGAUUACCUGGACCUCCAGGAUCUCCUGGACUCCCUGGUACAAAGGGUGAAGUGGGUCUACCUGGUGCUCCAGGACUAGACGGAGAGAAGGGACCCAGAGGGAAGCCUGGAGAGCCUGGUCCUGCAGGCCCAGCAGGUCCCGAAGGUCCCAGGGGGGAGGGUGGUGUCAUGGGCUUCCCAGGACCCAAGGGAGACAAAGGAGACAUGGGUCUAUCUGGAUCACCUGGUUUAGAUGGCCCUACGGGUGAGAAAGGGGCUACAGGGGCCCCUGGGCCUAUUGGAUUACCUGGUGCAAUGGGUCCUAAAGGUGAACCUGGAGAAGGAGGAAGGUCAGAAAUGAUCUAUGGUCCUCCAGGGCCUCCAGGACCUCCAGGACCAGUUGGCCCAGCAGGAUCUCAAGGACCUUCAGGGCCUAAGGGAGAACCAGGCAUAGGCAUCAGAGGAGAAAAGGGAGCGACAGGUCAGAAGGGAGACAAAGGAGAUAGAGGCCAUCUUGGACUUCCUGGGGCUCAUGGGUUAGACGGCAGACCGGGUCCAGUGGGUCUAAUAGGACCAGCAGGUGUGCCAGGGCCAGCAGGACCAAAGGGAGAAAGGGGUGAAAAGGGAGAUGCAGGAUUACCAGGACCAACUGGGCCUCAAGGCAUCCCUGGUAUAGUAGGACCACAAGGACUCAAAGGGAACCGGGGAGAGAGGGGCAAGAAAGGCAACAGGGGGGCCAAAGGGGAUAAGGGAGACCAAGGAGCACCUGGAUUAGAUGCCCCCUGUCCGUUGGGAGAUGAUGGCUUACCUGUACCAGGAUGUUGGAAUAAAUGACAAUAACUUUGGAAUGGCUUGUUUGAUUGUACAUAGGAUAUUUAUUUUUUUACUUUUCCCCCUAUUCUGUUAUAUAUGUAGAAAAAAAAAACCUAAAAAAGAUAUGGCAAAAUUUUUUGUACAGAUUGUUUAUUUUAAUACAUAUUAUAGUGUUUCUGUAUUGGAUUUUUAUAUCUUUGCAUUAUUUUAAUAUGAUCGGAUAAGUAAAAAUUAUAACGUGGCUACAUAUGCAUGAUAUUUGUGCAUAAUGUGAAGUGGAUAAUGCUUAUUAACUUAUUGUAUUAUGUUGUUUUGUUCUGUUGUAAUAGACCAUGCUGCACUGAGUUGUGAGCUGGAAAGAUUAUGUGUUUGCAUUUGGAAAGUCUUGGUUGAACCCUCCCCUUUGCGAUAAAGUGUUAAAAAAAAAAACAACAACAAAUACUGAUAAGCACUGAAUAUGUACUUAUUUUAAUUACACUCAAGAUGACAGAUACUUUCACAGUUUCAGUUUCCUAACAGCAUCAGCCUACCGAUUUUCCAACCAUGAUAACCAACAAAACUGCCAAUGUUGGUGGGAAGCCAGUGAGGAAUGUCCUGGCUUUUGCACUAGGAACUCCAGCUGGGAAAGGAGAUACAGAUCAGGGAUUCUUAACCUUUCCUACGUAAUUUCCACUUCUGAUUGUUCAGAUUUCCAAGGACCACAUUCCCAAAUAAAUGAGGAAGAAACAAAGCUACAUAAGAAGAAACAUAAGGAAAAAAUAAACUGGGUCAUGACUGGAUUUCACCCCAGUCGACACUGCUUUAAGCUCAGCAUCACUCCCCGAGAUUGUCACAGGGUUGUAUUUCCUUCCCAUACACUUUGGAGCUUUUACUGGCUUUACAUCACUUUUAGGUUUUGAAAACUGAUCCACGUGCCACAGCAUCCGAGGAAAAGUAACAAACUAACAGUGGCAAAACAACUUUGUCCCUGCAUGAUGAUGUGUUUCAAUUUGAGGAGUGACAUUUAAAAGUAACCGUCCAUUGAGAUCAUGAAUUUUAAUUUGGCAUUUGUUUUAUUUAAGUAAAUUCUUACCACUAUCUCUGGUAGAUGGACAUCACAUUGCCAAAGUAACUUCAGAUAGAAAAUAAAUAAAUGAAUAAAUAAAGAUGAAAAAUAAAAUAAAAAAAUGCUUCAAACAUCUCCUAAUGAGCAGCAUGGCUACAAAUUUGCUGUGCACACCAUGCUCCCAGGAGGAGCAUGACAUUUUGAAUUCUCCUUGUACACUCCUGUCGUGCCAUCCUCAGAACAAAUCACUCUUAAAAACAAUAUACAAGUUGAUUGUUGAUUGCUGAAACAUGCAACAGACAUUAUUAUCCCGACAACAUCAUGUCAUCUGGUGCGUCAGUUAAUCAUUAGCCUACGAUUUAGUCUCUGAGGUGGGACUUGUCGUUGUUUAUGAGUAAUCAAGUAUUCCAGACAAUCACAGUUUACUUAACAUGUCCAAUCCCAACACUUUUGUCCUGGAGGAGGGCGUCAACUAAGAUCUGUUAAUCAUCUGAAGCUUUAAGGUUCAGGCAUGAAAAAAUCCUAAAAACUAAAUGUUAAAUUGUACAGCAGUAAAAGCAACAGCUCUGUGUUUUGACUUCGUAUUCCUUCUGGUUUCAGUUCAUUGUAAAUAGUUUUUGCUAAAUUUCACAGGCAGUCACUUCCUGCUUUAUGGCUGUCAAGCUCUGUGUAUUAACUGUAGUAUUUGUAGAUUGUUUGUCCGUUUUGUAAUCAGAGGCACAGUAUACAGCCCAUAUUGUUGGACUGACAUGUUGCUGCUCACCCUUAAGGCAUGCUGCUGCAUUCAUCACAUUUUCUCAUCCAUAUAUGAAGAAAGCUGUAAACCUCUUGGACAAAGGAGAUUUUUUUUUAAAAUAAGAACUAUGGAACAUUUUAUCCUCAUGCAUUUUGUAUGGAGUAGCUGCGCUCAUUAAGCUAACCUCAUUAACUUUACCAAAUGACUCAGUGUUGAAGAAAUGGAUGGACUGACCAGAGUGAAGCUUGGUCCGUUAUAUGCUGCUGCUCUUUGACAAAGCUUUGUGUGUGUUUUGCUCUGCCUGGAUUUGAUGUGAUCCUUGCCAGCAAUAAAAUAUCAAUUGUG